ACAGCUCAGUUUGUCUUUGUGUUGUCGAGACUCAGAACUCGUCAUGUUGCUGAGAAGCUGCUGCUGCGUCCUCUGGAUCCUGGCCGCCGCCUUGGUCGCCAACGCCAACGCCAACGCCAACGCCAACGCCAACGCCAACGCUGCCUCCGCAGUGUUCGUGGAGAAGUCCGUGGCGAGCGGCGUGCUGCUCCAGCGGCGGCGGCGAGCCAACAGCGGCUACCUGGAGGAAAUGCAACAAGGAAACCUGGAGCGGGAAUGCAUCGAGGAGAUCUGCAACUACGAGGAGGCGCGGGAAGUGUUCGAAGACGACGCCAUGACGAAUCAGUACUGGCUGACGUAUGAAAAGCGUGAUGCGUGCCCGGAGAGCCCGUGCCAUAACAACGGGACAUGCGUCUACAACGGGACGUCCUACAGAUGUUACUGUAUGGAAGGCUUCGAGGGACAACACUGUGAGACAGAGAUAGAGGAGUCUCUGAAGUGUCUCUACCAGAACGGAGGCUGUCAGCAGUUCUGUGACGGUUCAGGACAAAGACGGAGAUGUUUCUGCUCCGAUGGUUACAGACUGGGAGAAGACGGACGCCAGUGUGUAGCUCAGGUGGAGUACCCGUGCGGUCAGCGGCCGAACCAGACGGCUCUGACCAGACUGGUCGGGUCCAACCACUGUCCCAAAGGAGCCUGUCCCUGGCAGGUUCUGGUCCAGUUAAAUGGAAACAGUCACUGUGGAGGAGCUCUGAUUAAUCCAGACUGGGUCGUCACCGCUGCCCACUGUAUCCACGGCAACCCCCCCCAAAACCUCACUGUCGUGGCAGGGGAACACAACCUGGACGUGGAAGAGGGCACAGAGCAGAGGAUACCCGUCUCCAUGGCGACCGCCCACCCCGGCUACGUGGCGGCGACGGGCGACAGCGACGUGGCCGUGCUGCGUCUGCGGCGCCCCGUGACUCUGGGCCGCCACGCCGUCCCCGUGUGUCUGCCGACCGCAGACUUCGCGGCGCGGGAGCUGCUUUCUGUGCGGUACCAUGCCGUGUUGGGCUGGGGGAAACGCACCACCGGCGGCAACAACCCGCCCGGGGGCGCGCACCCCACUCCCGCGGCGUCCCCCGUCCUCCGCAUGAUGGCCGUCCCCCUCCUGCAGAACUCGGAGUGCGCCCAGAAAGCCCGGCUCAACGUCAGCGCCACCUUGCUGUGCGCCGGAUACCUGGAAGGGAGGCAGGAGAGUUGCCGCGGCGACGAUGGCGGCCCGCUGGUCACGCUGUAUGGGGAUGUCCACUUCCUGUCUGGCGUGGUCGCCUGGGGCCGCGGCUGCUCACAGCCCGGGUAUUAUGGGCUGUACGCCAACAUGGCCAACUUGGUGGACUGGGUGCAGGGCGUCGUCACCACGGCAACAGCUUCGCCCGUGCUGGAACAGAAACUAGUUUAAAAACUAAACAGGAUGAUGUCAUUCUUAACGAAAAAUAAACGGCUUUGAAUUCUGUUUAAA